UUAUUUUGUAAUCCUCCUCCUACUCACUAUUUCACUAACUUCGCCAGCAAGGGUUUUCGAUUUUUUCUCUCCUAAAAUCUCCCUUAACAUUUUUUCCGAUCUCCGGCAAACAACCAUGGAUUCUUCUUCUGUCCAGUUAAUCCAAGACGAUGAAGAGGACUUCGAUUGGGAAGCAGCAGUUCGAGAAAUCGAUGUUGCUUGCCUGAGCACCGCCGCUAAAACCCUAGAAACGCCGCCUCCUCCUCCUCCUCCUCCUCCAUUUGAGGCCGCUGUGGAAGGCAAUAAGUUAUGGAAGAAUCAGCAGUUGAACAAGUUCCAGAAUAAUUGCCGUCAGUCGACGCUCGAUAAAUUUAUUAGUUCCGGGUCCUCAAAACCGUCAACGGAUAAUGAAAUUAAAGUUUGCGGCGAAGAUGAGCAAAAUAGGGUUCAGGAAAGAGCGUGCUAUGUUGAUAUUGAUCCCGAGGCUGCUAAAACUUGGAUUUACCCUGAUAAUGUAUCUCGUCGUGAAUAUCAGCUUUCUAUAGCUAAGACAGCUUUAUUUUCAAACACAUUGGUGGCACUGCCUACAGGACUGGGAAAAACUCUCAUAGCUGCUGUUGUUAUGUUCAACUAUUUUAGAUGGUUCCCUGAAGGCAAGAUAGUUUUUGCUGCUCCUUCGAGACCUUUGGUCAUGCAACAAAUAGAAGCCUGUCAUAAUAUUGUUGGUAUACCACAAGAAUGGGCAAUUGAUAUGACAGGUCUAACAAGUCCACCCAAACGAGCAUCCUUGUGGAAAUCAAAACGAGUAUUCUUUGUCACACCACAAGUUCUUGAGAAAGAUAUUCAAUCAGGGGCUUGCCUAGUGAAAUAUUUGGUGUGCCUAGUAAUCGACGAGGCUCAUCGUGCAAUGGGGAACUACUCUUACUGUGUGGCUGUUCGCGAGUUGUUGGCAGUUCCUGUCGAGAUGAGAAUAUUAGCGUUGACUGCUACUCCUGGGUCGAAGAAGGAAACAAUUCAGCAGGUAAUUGAUAACUUGCAAAUAUCGACGCUUGAAUAUCGCAAUGACAGUGAUGUUGAUGUUUGCCCUUAUGUACACAACAGGACGCUUGAACUAAUAGAGGUUCCAAUGGGAAAAGAUGCUGAUGAGAUACAUAAUCUUCUCUUGGAGGUUAUACGGCCACUUGCUGCCAGGCUUUGUGCAAUGGGAGUUCUACCAGGCAGGGACCCCCAAACAUUGAGCCCUUGCGAUUUGCUGAAUUCAAGGGAUAGAUUUCGUCAAGCACCACCACCAGAUCUUUCCCAUGUGAAGUGUAGUGAAGUGGAAGGUUACUUUGGUGUUCUUAUUACACUCUACCACAUACGCAAGCUUCUCUCUAGCCAUGGCAUAAGACCAGCGCACGAGAUGCUUGAAGAAAAGUUGCGACAAGGGUAUUUUGCAAGACUUAUGAGUAGAAAUGAAGCCAUACAGAGAACAAAGCUCCUAAUGCAGAAAAGUUUGUCGCAUGGUGCCCCCAGCCCAAAACUGUCCAAAAUGAUAGAAAUUUUAGUAGAUCAUUUCACAGCAAAUGAUCCAGCAAACUCAAGGGUAAUCAUUUUUUCAAAUUUUAGGGGAAGUGUCAGGGACAUAUUGGAUUCAUUAGCCCAUGUUGGUUCAGUUAAAGCGACUCAGUUUAUUGGUCAAAGCUCAGGGAAAACAUUAAAAGGCCAGUCACAAAAGGUUCAACAGGCAGUCCUCGAGAAAUUUCGCAUGGGUGGAUACAAUGUUAUUGUUGCCACAUCAAUUGGUGAAGAAGGACUUGAUAUUAUGGAAGUGGAUCUUGUGAUAUGUUUUGAUGCUAAUAUAUCUCCUUUGAGGAUGAUUCAGCGGAUGGGAAGAACUGGAAGGAAACAUGACGGUCGAGUUGUUGUUUUAGCGUGCGAGGGCACUGAGAUAAAAGGUUAUAAGCGGAAGCAAGCAACAGGUAAGACUGUGGGGAAGCACAUGCAAAAUGGGGGCAUGAAUAGUUUCAAUUUUCAUUGCAGCCCAAGGAUGAUUCCUCACCUUUUGAAACCAGAGCUGCAAUUUGUUGAACUAUCAAUUGAAAAAUUUAUUCGUCCGGCUAAAAAGGUUAAAGUUGAUUCUCCACAACAACCGGAGUUCAGGGAAAGGCUCGUUGAUGCUGAAGCUGCACUUUUAGGGAAGUACUUUUUGUCCAAUGAGGCAAUAAAACCAUCUCUUGUUGCUUUCCCUUAUUUCCAGACAUGUCCCUCCAGGGUGCACAGAGUAAUGCACUCAUCUCGAACUGGAUGGCUCAUUGAUGCAAUGCAGCUUCUGCGAGGGUUGCCAUCCAAUACUGGUGGAAAUUUUUCGCUUGAUUAUCCGAGGAGUACUCAGUGCUUAUUAAAUGGGAGUGUUGAAAAAGAUACUGAAAAUGCAAUAGAUGUACUUGAUCCUGCAAAUGUUUCUGCUACACAGAGUAAAUUAUCCAACUUUGAGGUCUCCCCAUCUGAAACUUUAGUGGCUGAGGAGAAGCACAUGCUCCAUUCUCCUGAUAAAGUAAUGGAAGUUUUGGUUCCUCUCCCAGCUAUUUUGCCAUCUGACAAACAUACAAUGCUGAAUUCUUCCGUUCAAGAUGUAUGUGAAGUUCACUCAGGAGGGAGAUCUCAGUUACCAGCCGACUGGGAGAUGUUUGACGUGGCUGUAGGUGAUGCAAUUAUUGUUCACACGCCACCUUUUGACGACAACUGUCCAAAUGAUAGUUUUAGCCGUGAGACUGCAGAUGCAAUAGAGCCCAAGUCCCCAGCAACACCAGCUGCACAACGUGACCUAGAUGUUGCAGAUUCUGAUUUCAGUCCUCGUUUAACUAGUUUAAUCGAAAGUGGUGUUGUACCAGAAUCUCCUCUGAGUAAUGCUGGUGAUGGAUAUAAGAAAGAUGGCGAUAUUGUAGACUGGCAAAGUAAUGAAGAGAAAGAUGAAAAUCUUGUUCCUGAACAGAUAUUAUCUCCCAAAUAUUUUGGAAAUUCGUUAAUUAUUGCUAGUAAAGAGGUCAAUGCUACCUCUUGCCCUCAGACAAGAGAAGUCAGACCUCCUGUCGGAAAUGAAACGUCAUCGAGGUCACCCAACGGUCUCUUUAAAACAGAAAGCACCUCUAUGCCCUCAUCUUCCCCAGAAUUUCGAACUCCUUUGCGGAAUUUAACAAAUAGCAGCUGUGAUGAAGAUUGGCGAAUGAGUUCUGGUAAAAUGUCUGGAUCCAAUGAACGUCCGUUUAGAUUGAAAAGGUUACGCAGGAUUGGGGACUUUGUCAAAGAGAAGAAACAAGGCAGUGCAAAAGAGAAGCCAAUUAGCACUUCUACAGAAGCUGCAUUUGAAGACACUGUUGUACUUCAUAAGGCUAUCAAGCAUGGCAAAGUGAAAAAACCAUUUGAAGAUGCCAGAGAUUUCAUUGAUGAAGAAGCUGAGGUUUCCUCAGAAGAUGUGGUACCAGAUUCAGAAGAUGAGGUUAAUUAUGAGGAUAGUGAUGCUUAUGAAGAGAGUUUUAUAGAUGACCAAUCUGAUCAAGCAGUUGGUAGUGGUCAAACAGAAGAUACUAAAACGGAUAUGAUGGCAAUUUACAGGCGUUCCCUACUCACCCAAUCACCGUAUCAACCACCAAAAAAGUCUAGUGUAGUUACUCCAGAGUCUCUGACUUCUGUAACCACAAUGACCGAAGGUGGAGAAUCUUUUGGGAAAUCUUGCACUCUACAAACUCAAGGUUGCUUGAAAUCUCCGAAUCUAUCAAUAAGAAACUCAGUAGAUUCUCGCUUGAAUAUGGUAGCAUGUGAAGCAAUACCAAGCAGCAGUAGCAAUGCUCUGGUAAAUGUGGUCACUACUCAAAGUUUGAAAAGAAAAAUGAUCUCAAGCAGAGCUUUUACUCUUCCUGCAAAGAACCUGGAGAAAGAAUUCUACUCUGAUUCUGCACUUCCAAGCAAAGAAGCAUCAAUAUCAUGUCAAGGCAAUGUUGUUGGUUCAGGCUGUACUCUUUCGGAUGAUCAAUUUUAUGAAGGUCUUGAUCUUGAUGAAUUGGAGGCCCAAGCAGCAAAACUUCUUAGUCAAAGAACAGGGUCUUCUGUGCAAGGGAAAAAAACCUCUGAACCCCCGCCACAGAACACCACUCUUUUGGGCGUUCCAUCAUUUGAUCUCGGAAUCUCAUGAUUCAGGCAGUGCAGAUAGCAGCAUCAGUUCUAAACAGAGAAGUUGCAUGGAUGAGUAGGUGCAGUAUCUUCCAUCACCUCCCUUCACUUGGCUCUGACGCAGCGGAUUUAUUUGUGGCUUCAAGAACCAGGUGAUAACCUCAUUACCAUAUUUAAUUGCUGCCUGUAUCACAGUUGUAUUACAUAGCUUCAUCAACACGAGUGGAGCAAGCCUCCUAGUCUAAAUGCCAAAUGGGCUUCUACUUAAAUUAUGAUCAUGCAGUUCUAGGAGAGAAAGUUCUUGUGUAUAUCCUAACCUGUACAGUUGGAGAAGAUAAUACUAAAAAGUGUUGUCUGUAUUGAAAAUAUGAGGUGUAACAAAUUGUGUUGUCUAACAUGUUUACAUGUUUA